AAGUUAUUUAUUUUCCACACUCUUCCUUAUUCUCUCACCGACAGGAAGGCUGAUCAGCUCAGCUUCCACAUUAUUUCAACAGCCCAACGUGUCCUAACUCACCAUGUCGAGGUACAGAGACUCUCCACAACCUGACUUGCAAGACUACUAUGAUUCUGGCUCACCUACACAUCGCCUAUCCGGCAACGCCAUUCCUUCACAUUCUCCUAGAACUACUUCCAAUGAUAUUCCAUCGAGUCCCCGCCUGGGUGGUAAUUCUGCCGGAGGGGAAUCCACAACGGCGCUAAACACCCCUUACACAGACGCUCCCCGUCGGCAGCACUUUGGCGACAGACGAGGAGAAUUUCAAGCAACAAACGACACUUGGAUGGAGAAGGCUCCGGCCAAGAGUAAGAAGACACGUUAUUUGGUUAUUGGUGGACUUGUCCUCGCUAUCCUGAUAGGCGUCGGUGUUGCACUUGGUGUUGUUCUCUCUAAGAAGGACAGCAGCACGAGUACCUCAUCCUCUUCAUCUGUCGUCAACCAAACCGACGCAAAUGACCCCAGCUCAUUCGAGAAGGAUUCUAGGCUGAAACAAUCUUUCUAUGGUAUUGCGUAUACGCCUGCUGGUUCUCAAUAUCCUGAUUGCGGGAACUCAUUGGACGAUGUCAUCACAGACAUUCAGCUACUUUCUCAAUUGACCACCCGUGUUCGUCUAUACGGGGCUGACUGCAACCAAUCUGCACUGCUCGAGGCCAUCAAGCAAACGAAGGUAAACAUGUCGGUGGUUAUCGCCAAUUAUCCUAUUGCGACGGAUGACGGCGCCGCCUAUGAACGACAAGCGUUGGUCAUUGAGGAUGCCCUCACCACCUACGGUACAGAUAAUAUCAUUGGCGUUACGAUUCUUCUGGGUUUCAUUAAUGAUACGAAAACCAUGCUUUCGAACAUGAGUAUCUCCCUCCCAGUCGGCAAUGCUGAUGCAGGGUCUUACUUCAACGACCUUGUCCUCGAAGACGUUGACUAUGGCAUGGCUAAUGUUCAUCCAUGGUUCGCGAAUGUCAGUGUGGACGAUGCUGCUGGCUGGACAUGGCUAUUUUUCCAGGAUAACGAUGUUGAGCUAGCCGAGAGCUUGUCCAAUAAUCCAAGCAUGUCGAUUGCUGAGACUGGUUGGCCGACCAACUCGACCGAUGCCGGGAACGAGUCCAAUGGACCGUCUACUGCUACAGAAGCAAAUCUGCAGACUUUUCUCGACACAUUUGUUUGCCAGGCAAAUACGAACGGUACAGAAUAUUAUUUCUUCGAAGCCUUUGAUGAGGUAUGGAAAUUGGAGGAGUUUGGCGGUGUCGAAGGUUACUGGGGUCUAUUCUAUUCUAACAAAACCCUCAAAGACAUCACCAUUCCGGACUGCUCCUCUUGAUCAUGAUUGACAUCAUGCUGGACAUUCGAACCUUCUAUGGACUACGGACAAUGGAUUAAUCUUUCCCAAUAAGACUCUUUCAUCUUAUUUUUCGCCCUUCUUAUGCUAUUCCCCUUUCCAUUGUUAAUACAUGGAGUCAUGAUACUAUCCAUACUCAAACGAAGUUGAGGGUAGAUCUGUCUUUGCAUUGAACUAUGUCUGCUGGCAGUGCAAUGCCCCCCUUUUGCGUGUGACAAUAAAAUCAGCCAAAUUCAUACCAUGCACCCAGUGCAGUGGCCCAUAAUCCCAUUAAAGCCCAUUUCUCUGAUGUU